UAGAUAGAUAGAUAGAUAGAUAGAUAGAUAGAUAGAUAGAUAGAUAGAUAGAUAGAUAGAUAGUCAAAUGAACUUCUCUCCUGGGAUAAACAAAGUUCUAUCGUAUCGUAACUCGGCAGGUCAGGCAGCAUCUUUGGAGCAUGAAUUAAUGAUGUUUCGUUGAAAAACCUGAAGAAGAAGGGUCUCGAUCUGAAACGUCACCUGUCCAUCUUCUCCAGAAAUGCUGCCUGUAAUAACAGCACUUUGUACCCUGCUGGUUAAUUGAUAUUGUUUCUUCAUCCUUUGUCAGAAAUCCUAACAUCCGCUAACUUAAUUGAAAGAAAAACUGUGAGAACGUGGAUCGAGGAGACAAAAAGAUUAUUUAUGGAUGGUAUCAUUUUUGGUGUGAGCAGUGCUGUUUUAGCAGAUGAGAAUCGAUAUGCUAAAAUAAACGGCUUGAUUCAAGAUGUCGUAAAAGAAUUCCAUAACGAAAUACCUGGAUCUCAGAUCUCCAUGAUGGUCCCUUGGCGUCCAGACUGCUCUGUGACACAAUGCGCUGCCCUUCAAGAAAUCUCACACCACAGUGACAUUCUAUUUGUGACAUCCUUUGAUAUUCCAAAAUACUUGAAUGACUGUGUUGCAAAGCCAUUUUCUGCCUACCGCGAUGUCUUUGACGGUCUCUCUUCCUAUAUAAGAAUGGGCAUUGACUCUAGAAAGAUCCUGAUGGCAGUUCCAUGGUUUGGUCAGGACUUCACUUGCAGCCACUUUCAUGAGGCAGGCUUUUGCGAAUUGGGACAUCGUUCUGACAACAAAACAACCUGUGAUAAAAUUUCUGUAUCUUCCAUUACCUUUAAAGGUAUCAUGCAGCUUCUAUCAAAGUCCAUCACAGGCAGAAUCUGGGAUGAUGAUUUGCAUAACCCUUAUUUUGUUUAUCUGAACGGCAAAACCUACCACGAGGUCUGGUAUGACGAUCCAGAGAGCAUUUCAAUGAAGUCAACUAUCUUGAAGAGGCUCAAACUGCGCGGCAUUGGUGUGUGGGCUGCAAAUUUCCUUAACUACGGUAGUAAUGCCUGGACCUUGAUGCAGACUGAGGCAAUGUGGAAUGCUCUGUGCCCUCCCUGAGGAUAGUGCAGAGCACUUAAGGCCAUAAUUCUAAGCUGCAAGUAUUAGUGAGCAAGAGAAAUGUAAGAAGCAUGGAUCUGGUCAAUUGUGUAAUGUUUGAUCCAUCAAGCAAACUUCCCUUUAAUGAAAGCCAUGUGUACUUAUAGGUUUGCACAAGAAGAUUUACAACUUCAAGAGGCUUUAUAAUUGCAGUUAUUUCAAACUGCAUAAUCUUCCCCUCACCUAAAUUCUUAUAACCCAGUGAAACUAAUUUAUCUUUUCCUUUGCUUAUGAGUCCAGAUCUGGCAUGUUACAUCUGUACAUAUGUACAGUCCCCUUUCCCCUAUCUCCUUCCACCUAUAUAUCAUUUCCUCUGGCUUCACAAUUCAUUCCUCUUGUCUUAUUAUCUCAUGGCCUUUUGACAUUUCAUUUCUGACUUUUGACCGCACAUUUGCCAAUGGAACCCCAAAUCCCCCUCACCUGCAAUCACCACCUAUCACUUGGCAGGAUUUGUCCAGCCCUCACCUUUCAACCAGAUUUCUACCCCCUACUACAAUCAGUCUGAAAAAGGGACAUGACCUAAAACAUCGCGUAUCCAUGUUUUCCAAGGAUACUGCCUGACCCAAUGAGUUACACAAUCACUUUGUGGCUUUCUUCGCAAUUUGCUACAAAAAUCUACAGUUUUUGAUAUAUGUUAAGCUUUUAUAACUCCUUUUUUAAUGUCUAUUGGUAAUUGCCUCGUUAUAUACUCAGAACAUUAGGAGCCAGUAUGUAGUAGUCAUUUAGUUUAACUCAGUAUGUUAUAACUAUAACCAGUUACAUUUAAAUUUUAUCUGCAUGGCUGUAAUUAUGUGGGUGGGAUUUAUACAUAGUCUGGGGCUUGGUCGUGACUGGGAUUCUGGUGCAGACUCCGUAGGAGUUUAGUUUAGUUCAAUGAAGAUCGGGGAAGAGACAUCGUUUUUGAUCAUGCACGAGCAUGACCACGAGUAUGAUUGAAAUAUACUUAUACAAGAAGAAGCUUUUAGGAUUUCCUUACUGCUUGUACAACCACAAUAAAGAAACUAAUUAAUCCAAAGACAGUUUUCGGAAGAUUUAUCUUUCGACGGCGUUGAAUGUCUCGUGGAGAGCUCGUGGAUGCAUAUAGAUUGCCUUCUGAUCCACGGUCUUCAAUUAUAGUGACUAUCGAGGACUAAAUCAUUGAAAUGAUGUAAAAUCUGUCACUACAAUUUUGUCUAUAAUUUUAAUGCCGUCUUGUAUCACUAAUCAUUUGUGUGUUAUUAUGUAAAUGUGGCGUAAUAACAGAAAGAUUAAACAAGAAUUUACCGUUUGUAGAUUGAUCUUUAUUUUAUGAGAAGUUGGAGUGAGAGAUUACGUGAAGAACCCACCAGUACGCAUGCACGUCAAUCUUCAGAGCAACUGUAUGAAACCACAGUCCACUUGAACCAGAUUCAAACUAUAGAAAGAUUAAUAUACCUUGACUUACCAAAUGUUAUUUAUGAAAUUCAGGGUUGGGAGUGGACGGCACGUAGGUGCUCACUCCAACUUCUCAGAAAAUAAAGAUCAAACUACAAAUGGUAAGUUCUUGUUUAAUCCUUAUAUUUUAUUUCGAAGUCUCAUUACGAGACUACGUGAAGCCUUCAAAGCUCUAGGGUUUCAAGCAGUAAACCAAUCUAUACAGAUAAACCAUAGAUGGUAGAUGUGUCAUAGGCCAUCAACACAUGUUCAUAAAACUACAUGCAUGUACAUUGGCUUUAACAGGACCGCAGUCCCAUUACCUUGGAGUUACAAAUAGCACAUGUAGCACUGUCCAGAAUUCCAUCCGCAAAUUGUCCAGACCUUUUAAGCGAUUUAUUAUUAAACUUCCAAAAUGUGCGUUCAUCUGACCAUCUUGCUGUUGCAAGAAUGUCAUCAAGAGGCUGCUGACGUGGCUGCAGCCCUGGUGGAGUGUGACUUGAAAAUAUCUGGAUUCACUCCCGCUUUCAACAGCGUACACUUUAUCCAUCUUGAAAUAGUCUGUACCGACACUCUUGUGUGGCUUUUUAUAAAACUAUGAAGAAAGCUUUUUCAUCAUAUUGUAGGUUCUUAGUAACCGCAAUGUACCUUUUGACGUAUUUAACAACACACAAUCUCCAAUCUGGUGGUUAUGUUGCCAGUUCCAACGUACCCAGCCGUGCCUGACCUGCUCUGCUUUAUGAGUUCAUCCACAUAAUAUACUAUCUUCUUGUCAGGUACGACAGAGUUAUCCAGGCGAAGUUUGUGUAAAGACUGAGCUCUUUCUGUUGAAGUAAGUGCCAUAAGCAUCAGUAAUUUAUGAGUGAGCUGCUCCAACGUUAACGAUGCAGCUGGUGCUAAUUUACGUAGACAUCUUAAUACUGAUUUUACAUUCCAGACUUCUUUGUAUCUAGGCUUUGGAGGGUUCAUAUUAAAGACACCUUUUUAUAAACUUUGUCACCAGUGUGUGAGUGCCAAUCAUUUGUUGUCCUACUCCGAGCACUAGAUACGAUGAUAAGGCACUGCGAGGAGUUUUAAUUGCGCUAUAACUUGGUCACUUCUCAUAAAAGAAUACUGAAAGAAAUCCCAAAACAUCUGCUACUUCUGCUUUAAAGUAGUUCACAUGUGUAUCAUCCCAAAACUUUUUCCACUGUUUUAUGUAGGUUAUAUACUGCCUUCUUGUGCCAACUUGGCAAGCUGCAGUGAUCACAUCAACUGUCCUGCUGGAUAUUCCUAUUUGCUUGAAGGCUCUCCUUAAAUCCUGCAAAUUAAUAAAUCGAUACAAUCAUGCAGUGAGUGAGGCGC